CAUGCGCUUUUGUUGUGAUGCGUGCGACUUUUGAAACGUGGUGAACGUUGUAUUCAAAUGUACAUUUUAAUUUUGUUUGUAAUUUUAUGUACCUAACGAGUUUCAGACUGUCUGACUCAGCAUUCGAUGUAAGUGAUGUAACCCUUUCUGCUACAUACACUUGUAGCUUGACGGUACAAUUUACCUUGUUUGCCACUUGUAUCAAUCCAUGAAGAAAGUGCGGUUUGAGUCUCCGGUUCGAUGCUGUAGUCAAGCGAUGGAAGAUUCAGAAUGUCAGUCACCCAGACCUUUCAUGGAAAGGCAAGAGGCAGUGCGUCCAGACCUGUGUUACAAUUACCCGAGAAUAUUGCCAUACAGUCCAGAUCCACUGCAGAGGUAUGAGUGUAGCAAUACUUCACCGUAUCCCGUAGUACCGAAGACUAAUGUGGAAAGUAUCAACGAGCAUGGACCUCGAUGGCCUUCUAAUGACCUGGAGUUAAGUAUGUUGGAUAGUUCAGAUCAUGAACCCAGACAUCCACCUAGUUAUACAAAUCAUCAAUUUACAAAACAUAAUGUUUUAAAUAAACCUGGCAAUUCACACAACACACUUGGUUCUAGUGAAUCCCCAAAGGUACCAUUUCAAGUGUUGUCUUCCAUUGAAAAUACCAAAGUGAAUAAACCCAUAGAAAAUCUGGCUCAAGAUAAUAAUUUCUUUAUAAAAAGAGAUAAUAUACAAAAAAUAUUUUCUGAGAAUAUAAAUCCUUUACAGACUCAGAUGAAUAGACUGAGUUUAUCAAGUGAAAACAAUAUUCUUAGCAAGAAAGCUGAACUUAUGAGACUAGCUAGUACACAAGUUUCCCCAAUGCUUGAUAAUCAGCAGAAGAAUAUUCAUGAACCAAUGAAACCAGAAUCUACAAUUCCCUAUGAAUGUAGAUGUCAUCACUGUGUAAAAAUUAUACAAAAUGCACAACACAAUUUACCUGAUCACCUGAUUAACAGGAACCAAAUUCAAGCUCAUAACCACUGUCCUUGUUUAGCAUCCACACAUAAUACUUACCAUUGCAACUAUCAUAUGCCAGUGAAACCACCAACCAAUACUUGUCAAUGUAAAGAUAUGGAGUUAUUCCAUAAACAUCAACCUCAAAAUGCAGUUGAUAAAAAAACUUGGUCCAUAGAAAAGUAUGAACAAAAUAAAAACCAUGACUGCAUGGAGGUGGAAAAGCAAAAUAACGUCAAAGAAAAGAGAGAGCCCACUGUAUCAGAUCUCUUUAAGAUUAUCAAACUUCAGAAUGAACAGUUACAGCUUCUUCAAGAGAAGGUUGACAAGUUCAUAUCAGCUAAUAAUAGUAAACCAGACAGUGUGCGACAAAACUGCAUGACAGAGCAGAUAGCUCUUGAAACAGUUGAAAACCAACAUAAGAUAUCAAUAGGGGUAAUGACCAGUUUCGAAAUGGUUAGAACUUCUAGAGUGAUCAACAAAGAAAUUGUCACACAGACAACAGAUAAUGCUCAGAUACAGUGUAAUAGAUCUCAGAUCAGCAUUAAAGAGGUGGUAUCUACCACUCAACCGGUUCAUUUAAACUUUCUGGAUGGUAUUAUACCUUCUGAAAGAGCAGCUUUUAGCAAUAGAGAAGAUAAUAAUUCUCAGAGUAUCAACUGUGGAGCACAGUACACAGAGAACUUGAAUGAUGACAAAACAUUGAAUGAACUCAGCUUAUACAAUGUCCAAGUGGACAAUGCUACAACUCCACUCAUUUCUCCUGAGCAGAGCUUGUAUCUGGAUGUGAGGGACUAUAGCGACUCAGAUUCCAGCAGUGAUGACCAUUCCAAUGUUGGAUGGACUUAUUAUAAUAAAGUAAUGACACGUGUGAAUGGAGUGCUCCAAGACUCUGAGAUGCCAUCUUCAGCCAGUGCACUUCAGAGGAAUACACAGCAACGUGUGCAGAUGCAAAUUGACAAAACCAAUCUUAGUGUUACUAAAAGGGUGAAGUUUGGAGAUGACCCUCUCGGCAUUCAUCAGCCACACGUGAGAGCAGCUAGCACCGACACCAGUCUGAAGAUGAACCAGUUGGCUGCUAAGUACCUGAGCGGUGGGACCUUCACACCAGUGUUGCAGCCACCGCCGUCAUUGAAGCCCUCUGCUAUGCCCAUUGACAUGUCCUUUGCUACACGAAAUUAUAUGGAGAGGCAUCGACUUUUGCAUGGUACUCCACACUCUUCACGAUCGCCCCCAGCAGGUGAGAUGCCAAGAUUUCUAGACAUUACUGCCUUGAAGCAGCAACCUAAGUUAUUAUAGUGACAGUAUACUUACAAUUAAUUUAUAUUUUACACAUUGUUAGACUAUUGUUUUUGUAAAUAAAAGAACAUAAUAUUGAACAGACAUUUAUUUAAACCUCAGAGAAAAUAACAGAGUAAAACCCUAAUUUGUAUAGGUAUAUAUCUGUUUGGAACAGCUGACAUCAAUGAAUAAAUUACAAUCGUAAAUAUCAACUCCAGUAUGACUCAUCUACUAAUAUUAUUUUGUAUAUAUUUUAUAUAUUCUUUAUUAUAAUCUGAGUUUUUAUAUUUUAUACAUAUAAUUUGGUUUUUUAUUUAUCACAAUUUAUGGAAACAAGAAUUGCAAAUUUAGUUAUGAUGGUAGGCCCAUUCAAAUUGCCAUCAUUCAUGUGUCAUAUAUUUUUAUUUUUUAUAUUUAUUUAUUAUAGUAUAUACUAAAAUAUUUACGUGCAUAUUCUAUGAGAUUCUGGUAUCGUGGUAUUCCUAUUUGUGUAGAAAUAUAAUAGUUAAUAUAUUAUUCGUAUAUUUACCAAUAAUUAAAAUAAAUAUUUUCGUUUCUCUGUAAUGUUGAACUAAUUGUAAAUACCAAUAGUCCCUCGUUUUUGUAAUCUUUGCAUUAUAACAAUAUUAUAAAAUAAUUUUUGUUUUUAAAACACAAGUACUAUUUGAUUUUUGUUCACUACAUAAAAA